UAAUGGACACAUCGAAGCACAGUUGCAGGCUUGCAGCAGUGGUCCAGUGGAUACGGAGGUGGUGGCAACCGGAGAUGACGCCUCCGCCUCCGCCGCCGCGGCGCCCCGUGUGCGUGACCGGCGCCGGCGGGUUCACCGGCUCGUGGCUCGUCAAGCUCCUCCUCUCCCGUGGCUACGCCGUCCACGCCACCCUCCGCGACCCAGAUGAUCCCAAGAACGCGUUUCUGAAGCAGCUGGAGAACGCUCCGGAGAACCUGCGCCUGUUCAAGGCCGACGUGCUCGACGGCGGCUCGCUGACGGCGGCGUUCGCCGGCUGCGAGGGGGUCUUCCAUCCGGCCACUCCCGUGCCGGAACACAAGACGGUCGAUCCGGAGAAGGAGAUGCUGGCUCCUGCUGUGAAAGGCACCAGAAAUGUGCUCGAGGCUUGCUCUGCUGCGAGCGUUCAGAAACUCGUCGUGGUCUCAUCCAUCUGUGCUGUUUGCUUUAACCCGAGCUUGCCUCGAGACAGGCUCAUAGAUGAGACUUGCUGGUCAGACAAGAAGUCAUGCAAAGAAAAUGAGAACUGGUACUGUCUUGCCAAGACCGAAGCUGAAGAGAUGGCCCUGGAAUAUUCAGAGAAAAAUGGACUGCAUGUCAUUACGGUUUGCCCUGGCGUUAUCUUUGGGCCACUGUUGCAGACUGUGCUACUCAACACCAGCAGCAAAGUUCUGCUCUACAUCAUGAAAGGAGGCCCUGAUGCACUAAGCAACAAAUUCUUUCCCAUAGUCGAUGUCCGCGAUGUCGCCGAUGCUUUACUUCUAGUGUACGACAAGGCAGGGCCAUCUGAGCGAUACAUCUGUUCUCAAGAACAAAUGGACAUGAGGGAUUUGUUGGAUUUGAUGAAGAGCAUGUACCCUAACUACAGCUACACAGCCAAAGUGGUUGAUGUGGAUAUGACUACGAGUGUUGAAUUGACAUCAGAGAAGCUGAAGAAGCUGGGCUGGAAACCUAGGAAACUCGAGGAGACGCUUGUCGACAGCGUUGAAUCCUACAAGAAGGCAGGCUUUGUAGAUGACGAACCUUGCCGGCUUCCCCAUCUUUACCGUGCACCAGAUGCUCAGGAGUGAACAGCCGGCGCCGUCUUGCUGCUACUGUUCUUGAUCUAAUUGUCACUGAAAAAAAAAGUUUCCAAUAAUACUGUAAUAGAUGAGGGAUCAGGUGUUCCUGUCCAGUGUCCACAUUAUCAUCUGCUCUGUUCCAUUAGUGAAUUGAUUCAGCCUGUGAUCAAUGACACAAUUUAUGCCUGGCAAUAAUUGAAUAUUGUCUACUGAUUAAGAUGGACAAUUGUGUGUGUAAUUUUAAUAUAUCCGCCACCCGAUUAAACAAAUGUUUGAUGCUA